GAUAAAUCUCCCCCAUGAUAAAUACAUUGUAAUACCUCCUUCGUAUAUCCACACGUCCUUUAUUGUUUUGUAAGAAUAAAAAAAAGUACGGCUCCUUUAAGUGCAGUCACCCAGCUUUCCUAGUUACACUUUUGUUUGUUUCUCCUGCGGGCAUAUCUGCCUUUCAGGAGUCUAGAACAGCUGGGCAACAACUCCAGGAGCCAUUUUGGUUGCCACUCAGCUUUUCCCAGACACAGUCCUUUAAGUACAUAUAUACUGGCUGCCUAUAUACAUUAGACACCUGGUAUAAUGUGCCUGUGUAUACUGGUGCUGUACAAUGUAUGGCGGACGUGUCGUGUUGUGUGUGUAUAUAUAGCUUCCUAUAUAUAGACGGGUGGAGGGGAAUUUAUAGAUGCUGGCGGUGAGGGCGGCUGGAUUCUUGGCACAGAACGGGCUGUCACUGACUCACAUAUCAUCCCCGAUCAUCAGGAAUAAGUCAUCAGUCUCAUUUCGAGAAGAUCCGGUCUCAUUCUGAAGUCAUCACCCCACGCUGGUUGACGCCCAUCGGUCUACAGGAUAAACUCAGUGACAAGUAUCCAGCAUAUGCAGAAGUGAUGGUGAUGGCUGAAGGGAGGAAGAUGAUUCUAACUCUUCAAAGAAAUGAGCAACUUAUUCAUGUGAAUUACAGACAGACCCACUACAGCACCGGUGACAUUCCUAUUGUACAUACACCCAACAUGACGGACCACUGCUAUUACCAUGGAGCUGUGCGUGGACAGAUGGACUCCAGUGUUGCAGUCAGCACCUGCUCAGGAAUAAGGGGUCUUAUAACACUCAGCAAUGGAACAAGUUAUGUGUUGGAACCAUUGCUGGGAGACCGCCAUAGACAUCUCAUCUACAGAGCUGAGUAUCUGGAAGUGGAGAAAGGCAAAUGUGGACACACAGCCUCUGCCGAGCGACAUGUCUCCAACUUCACCGACCAUCAUCUUCCUCCUCAUCAUCGGGUGAGGAGAGAUGAUGUGGAAGGGGACAGAUGUGUGGAACUCUACCUGGUCGCCGACUAUGCUGAGUACCAGAAACAUGAUUACGACUUGGAACGAACUCAGCGCAAAAUGCUGGAAGUUACCAACUAUAUAGAUAAGUUUUACAGGGCUCUGAAGAUCCGCAUUGCGCUGGUGGGACUGGAGGUCUGGACAACAGGAGAUAAGUGCAAUGUGUCGGAAAAUCCAUACGUCACCUUACGUGCCUUUCUGUCUUGGAGAAGUAAGGUCCUAUCGAAGACCCCGCAUGACAAUGCGCAGCUCAUAACGGGGCGCACCUUCCAGGGUACAACUAUUGGACUGGCUCCACUACAGGCAAUGUGCUCUUCCUUUCAGUCUGGAGGAGUGAACAUGGAUCAUUCAGGCAAUGCAAUCGGAGUCGCAGCCACCAUGGCCCAUGAAAUGGGACAUAAUUUGGGAAUGAGCCACGAUGCUGCCGGUUGUUGCACAGCAAAACCAGAUGAUGGCGGCUGCAUCAUGGCUGCUGCUACUGGGCAUCCUUUCCCCAAAGUGUUUAAUGCCUGUAACAGACGGGAGCUGGAUCGCUUCUUACGCUCCGGAGGAGGAAUGUGCCUCAGCAACACCCCAGACACCAAGACCCUUUAUGGAGGAGCACGUUGUGGGAACGGCUUCCUGGAGGAGGGAGAGCAGUGUGACUGUGGGGAUCUUGAGCAAUGUGACAACCCAUGCUGUAAUGCCACCUCGUGCACGCUGCUGCCAGGAGCUGAAUGCGCCCAUGGGACCUGCUGCCAUCAGUGUAGACUGAGGCCACCUGGAUUCCCAUGUCGGAAGACCUCCAGAUCCUGCGACCUUCCCGAGUACUGCACCGGACGUUCUCCCGAGUGUCCUCCUAACUCCUUCCAGCUGGACGGAACGUCUUGCCAAAACGGAGAAGCUUUUUGCUACAACGGGAGAUGCCUUACGCACCAGCAGCAGUGCCGGCAGCUCUGGGGAAACGGAGCGAGCAUCGCCCCAGAUAUAUGCUUUGAAAGGAUCAACGCAGCCGGUGAUCAGUAUGGCAACUGCGGGCGAGAUAUGAACGGUGAAUACAGGAAAUGUGAAGUCAAGCAUUCUAAGUGUGGGAAGAUCCAGUGCCUAAGCCCUGCCCAUAAGCCCAUAGAACACAGUGCAGUUGCAAUAGACACCACUAUCACCAUGCAGGGGAGACGCAUCCUCUGCAGGGGGACACAUGUUUACAGAAUAACUGAGGAGGAGGAUAUGAUGGAUCCCGGUCUGGUCCUGUCAGGCACUAAGUGCGGAGAUAACCAGAUUUGCUUUGAUGGACAGUGCAAAAGUAUUUCAUUCUUGCAAGUGGAUGAAUGUGCUAAGAAAUGCAAUGGGAAUGGGAUUUGCAAUAAUAACCAGAACUGCCAUUGUCUCCCUGGAUGGAGGCCUCCCUAUUGUAACCAGUCAGGUGAUGGCGGCAGCCUAGACAGUGGCCCGGUGCCUGCAGAUGGUUCACAGUCUAUGGUCUUCUGGAUCCUGAUUCCUCUAUCAUUACUAGCUGGGUUUAUAGUGAUGCUGGUCGUAUACGUCCACAAACACGGGUGCUUAAAAAAACUUCUUCAUCCGGACAAUGUGCCUGCGGCAGGAUCCCUGCACAAGAGUGAAAGUGGGGAGAAACCAAGACUUGAUUCUAUGCCAAGACCCAAACCUCAGAUCCAGAUGUAUCCGAAGAGUCCGAUCUGUUUGCCGUCCAGUAACAGGACAGAAGAACAGAGAUCUUCAUCCAGACAUCAGCCUAGUCAUCAUCCGGUCAGCAAGCAGCUAGAGGGCGGAACAAUGAAAAAUACUCCUAAAAUGAGAAUUCCUCCACCGAGCAGACCACCGCCACCACCCCCAACUCAUCCACCCGCUAAGGCAUUACAGCCUCCUAGAAAAACUCCUCCUCCUCCUCCUGUGCCCCCGAGCAGGAAGAAGCCGACUGUGAAGGAAUGAAGAGAAGCGUCUGCUGAUGAUCUGACGUCGUAUCCGAGAGACAAGACAGCCUGCAUUUCAGCAUAGAGAUAAAUGGCAGUGAUAUCAGACAUACGCUCACGUUCAUACCUUCAUUAUGUUACUAAGGGUUCUCAGAACUGGAGCUAUGUAACAUAUACAGAUGGGAUCACGGGGGCAGGGAUAUUUUGGUACAGCCCCUGUCAGUAAUUCUAUUGAAGAAUACUACAGUCCGGCCUUUCCCUAGCCUGAAAUGGCUGAUAACAGGGAACAGUAGCUCAUAGAAGGUUGGGUUUCUCUUCAAUUAGGGCAAUUCCACCAUCCUGAGUAGAAUGCAGUAACAGGGACCGGGUAGGGAAUUAUCUCAGGCAACAAAAUCUGUUGUUUUUAUUUUAUUUUAUUUUUUAUAUACCAGUGUUUCCCAACCAGGGUGCCUCCAGCUGAUGCUAAACUACAACUACGAGCAUGCCCGGACAGCUGGGAGUUGUAAUUGUGCAACAGCUGGAGCCACACUGGUUGGGAAACACUGGUAUAUACCAUGUGUGUCUGUAUGCUAAACAGUUGCCUGCCUGAUGCAAAACUACAACUCCCAGCAUGCCCGGACAGCUGGUCAGUGCAUGAGGGGAGUUGUAGUCUUGAAACAGCUGGAACCACACUGGUUGGGAAACACUGCUAUAUACCAUGUGUAUCUAUAUAGCUACACAGUUUCAAAACUACAACUCCCAGCAUGCCCUAACAGCAAAAGGCGCAUGCUGGAAGUUGCUACGGAAUUGCUAGCAGUCCCAUAGACUUGUAUGGGAAUUCUGGCAAAUCUUUUAAAGGGGUACUCCGGUGGAAAACUUUUUUUUUUU